GGAUUGCUGCACAUAAGAAAUAGCCACGUGUCCUCUUCACUCCGUCCCUCUUCUUCCUCCUGUUGCCACCUCUCCCCUCCGCGUCGCAUCCCGUCCAAUGGCGGCGCCCGCGCUCCUCUCCGCGCCGCCCCCUCCCCCACCAAUGGAAGAGGAUGUUCUCACCCCCCAUGUCGCAGCAAGCCGAAAUCCACCCCCGCCGGAGCGCGGUUUCUUACGUGGGCGGCCGCCCAUCAGGGUGACGUCAGAGUUCGACAGCGAGCACCAGCUCUUUUCCCACCGCAUCUCCUGCCGCGUCCUCAACGGCCUUGCCAAGCUCCGCCUCCGACUUCACCACGGGGCCGCAGGAGGGGCCCCGACUUCCGAGGUGGCGCUCAUCGCGCGGAACUUCUCCGCCAUCGUCGACACUGCCUCUCGCGGCGCCGUGCUGCGAGGCACGGCCGACCUUGCAGGAUCGCUGCACCUUCGUGCGGCGCACAACACGAAGAAUUACCAGAAUGGAGAGCAAUCUUACAUUCAUAUCAGCUGUUCGACACACUGUUUGUCCAUCUCUUGUGACCAUGAAUAUGAUGAUUCCACUGUUUCCUGCAUUCGCGUGGAUAGGUACUUCCAGUUGAAGUACAACUGUAGAAAGGAGGGACAAGGAGAAGUGGCAGUAACUACUAAUUUGGGAGAUUCACCAUGCAAAAUUGAGUUAGCAUCGCUGGUUCCUCCUAAUGGAUUGCCAAGAGCAACCUUGAUGUUUCCUAACGGGGAAAUUUCAGUUAAGGAGAAGAAAUUGGAUGAGGGUGAGAAAAUUUUGUCAGUAAAUGGUAUAGUGAAGUCUCAUGUUCUGAGUGGGGUUUGCACUGCAUUGUACAAUGAUAAUAUGAUGAAUAUCAAGUAUCUCUAUAAGGAUGAUGAGCUUUCAUUCAUUCCCAGCCUCACUUUACCAUCAAAUUCACUAUCAUUUGGUUUUAAACGCCAGUUAACUCCUUCAGACAAGUUCAGUUAUCGGUACCAUUUUGACACGAACUACUGGAGUGCUGUCUAUAAACAAAAGGCCAGUAAGCAUGUCAAAUGGAAAGCAGGUUAUGGGUCGAACGAAAGGCUUGGCUGGGCAUCUGUUUGGGUUGGGGACGCAAGCGGCAAGACAAAGGAGGCCCCCCUGAAGACAAAAGUCCAACUUAUGGUGAAAGUCCCUCAGGACAAUAUACGGAAUCCAACUGUAGUGUUGCGGGUGAAGAAAAGAUGGGACUUUUAGUUCCCGAAUCAUAAGUGCAACAUGUGUGGCCCUGUUUUGUACAAUUAAAGUUGCCAUCCGAAAAGAAAAGACCAACCUGAAAAAAGACUGAAACUUGCCAUUCGAAAAAGAAGUUGUCAUGCUCGACAACUAAAGUUGUCAUCCUUGCGUCAUUAAAUUUGUCAUAAAAAAUGUUUCGAAUUA